UUUCCAGGAAAAUCCCAUUUGAUCAUUUCUUCUUAUUGUGCUUAUCUAUAUUUUCUAAUUUCCCAACACCCUCUACAACUCUAAUCUUUGCUUCUAGUUCCUCUUGGUUAUGGAGAAUCAAGAUCAAGGAAACUAUCACUCCCCAGUUGACGCAAAGAUCAUGGAACGGCGUCGUUCGGAGAAAAGUAUCGGAGGAAUAGGAGCAACGUCCACUAGACCUGAAGACGAAGUAUUUUCCGAUGCGGUGAUGGAAUUUCAAGACACCGGAUUCGAUUUGGAUGCCGAUAAUACCGGUGAAGGUUUCAAGUUUGUCGACAAGGAUCUUACGCCCGCCGUUUCUUUUAAAGAUUGUGAGGAUAUUGGCAUCCUUAGAUCACCUCUGAAUUCAGCUGACGGAAGCCAAAAGGAAAAUCCGGUUCCGAAAAGCAUGCCGAUUCUCCUGACAGACAUACCUGAGCACAAUGAUGUUGGCUUGAGCUAUGGUAACGAUUCUGAAGAUAAAGAUGGUUCUGCUGGUGAUGUGGUCUUGAUCGAAAUGGAAACAGUAAAGGGUGUCUCGGAAGAGACUAGGGAAGCUGGUACUGGUGCUGGUGCUGGUGCUGAUGCCGAUGAGAAUGAAGACGGAAUGUUAAACGAAAAUCUAUCAAGUGACUCGGUUCAGCCUAGCAAACAUGGUGGCGAAAUAUUGGAAACAGAAUCUAGUUUGGGGAAAAGGCUGGAUGUAGCUUCAGAUAUGGAUCAAUUGAAGGAAGAGUGCAGUGAUAGGUUGUCUUCUGAUACACGUAUGAGCGGAAAUGAUGAGCAGGAGACGGAUGGAAAGGGAAAGCACAGAGUUACUUUCGAAGAAAAUCUAAUCGAUGCAAGUUUAAAAUCCAUAAGUACGGAGGAUUUAACUUCUGAGACUGGUUUGGCUGACAAAACCGUUGAAUUAGAGGAAAAUAGUGAAAAGUUGGCCCUCAAUGUGGUCGUUGAUUAUCUUUCGACAAAAGCCGAGUCCUCGAAAGAUAUUAAUGUGCCAACAGAUACCUUUGAAAUACAGACUGAUGCAGCACUCGGUACAGACUUGUCCAUUGAUGUUGAUUCAAAUGAGGUUGAUGAAAAAAAGGAAAAGGAAAAAGAAAGUGUUUAUGUGCUUUCCGUUCCCGAUGAUAUUCAUGUUGUAGAUGAUGCUGAAAUUAAGCUAAUUGGUUUUAAAGAUCAUAAGGGAGUUAAGUUAUUCCAAUCCGAGGCUUUAGCUUCUGAAGAAAUUAUCCUUGAUAAGGAAGAUGAAAUCAAAGACACUGCUUCACAGGAGAAAUCCGAUACUUUUGUGUAUAAUCCAAUGGAUGAAGACAUCGUUACGGAAGAUUAUUAUAAACUUGGUGUAAAUAAUGAAGCUAUGGCUAAAGAAGUGCUCUUUUCCGGGAAUGCUGAUGCGAUUCAGAUUGAUAAAGGGUCAGAUGCAUUGUCUCCAGUUGACGCUGUUACAACUGAGAAUGAGGACCGGGAAGUUUGGUUUCUCAAAGAACAUAAGUCGGUUUAUGCUGCUGGUGAAUCAUAUAAAGGGUCCGAUGCAUUUUCUCCUGUUGAUCCUGGUACAACUGGUAAUGAGAAGGAUCCGGAAGUCCGAUCUCUCAAAGAACAGCAGCCAAUUUAUGUUGCUGAUGGGACAGGUUUUCCGGGAAGCAUGAUAAUUGAUGUACCCGAUGCGAAACCUAUGGUUACAGAUGCUGAUUUUGGGGCCGGAAAGUUAAGUAAUGUAGCCGGAGAUGAAAAUAAUAAUAAAGACAUGGUAACAUCAUGUGAAUUUAGUAAUAUUUCUUCGCAUACUAAUCCAGCAUCGGAUUUGCUUGAAAUUGAUGAUUUUGAUGAUGUCGGGACAAGAAAAACUCAAAAGUCCGGUAUCAAUGAAGUCGAAGACAGGGAUGGACCAGAGAAAGGUCAUGUUUCAAUGAAAACUGACUCCACGUCCGAAUCAAUUAGCACUCAUCACCAAUCCGUAAUUGUCAUUGAGGAACAGAAUGAGCCUGAAGGCCUGCAGUCGGAUAUAGUUUCUAACAGUCAAGAUGACAAAAGGGAAUCUAAAACAGAUAGCUAUGACAAGGUACAUGGAGAGAGUGCCAUCAAAAAUCUUAUGGCUUCUUCUGUAAACAAUAGUGAACCGAACGAGAUCGAGAGAACAUCAGUCGACCUGUUGAAGAAAGAGUUGAUACAUUCUGGUGCUGUCAGUGAUGGCCAUGCUGGGGAGCCUGGAGCUGCUGCUGCUCAGAUUAGCGCUGUAAUUUUGCAAGGGGAAGCUGAUAGUGGAUCCGUUAAACCUCAACUCGAUACAACUGUAGGUGAUGUUUUGAUCGAUUCUAGUAGUCGAACUGAUAGUCUGGAAGGCCACUGGGGAUCUGUUUCAGUUCUGUCAACCCAAUCCGACAACCCGGCUGCCAUUGACACCGAGACUUUACCAUCUACCGGAUCACAAGCACUUCCGGAAGCAGAAAAAGCAAACAUAAAGAAGUCAAAAGAAGAACAUCCCGAUGAAUCGAACAAGUUUGAGCCGCCAUCUUUCAUGACAUUGGUUGAAGGUGGAGGCAGUAGUGACCCUAAAGAUACCGCUGUUUCCGAAACCCCAACAGGACAGAAUGCCGAAAACCCUAGAGCCGGCUGGUUCCCUUCACUCACUCAUGUGGCCAAUGAGUCUCAAGGAAGAAAAAAGAAUGAAAAGAUCAUAGAAAAGGUGGCUAACUGGAAUGUAAACAGGCACAGUCCUCUGAAGAACUUAACCAAUUAUAGUGAACCCAACGAUGGAACCACGGGUGCCAAAGUGAGCUCAACGGUGGACCCUGAAACACCUGUGGCUGAGCCGACCAAUGUUGAAACAGAGAAAGAAUGGAACUCUCCACGAGGGUAUCCAUCUGGUAUUAAGAGAGAAAAAAGGAAAGGUAGGCCAUUUUGGGUACAGUUUGCAUGCUGCUCAUCUGUAAAUUAGGAUUAUUAGUUACUCGGAUUUAUGUUGUUUUCACUGCACUUGUGCUCCAUACGUGUAUCAGACAUAUAUCCGUUUAGGACACAUACAUGCUCCUUAUUCCACAUUUAAAUAAGAGUUCCAG